GAGCGAGAGAGGCAGGCGGCAAGUGCUUUUGCUUUCAGUGAUAGGUUCACAUCUUUCCUCCCUCCCACCCCCCUUCCUUUGAAUAUAAUUUUAGAUUUAGAGUGAAAUCAAGAGAAAAGCACUUUAGAAGCCUGGAAAGCUCUUGCAGUAGCAACAGCAAAGGGGGGAGAGGUUGUGAGCUAUCACACGCGAUUACAUUAGGACAAUUUUUGACAGCGCAGGUUGGGAAGGGACGGAGCUGGGGAGCCAGCCCCCGAUAUUGUUCCUCCCUUACCUUUUUUCUCUCCCCUCCCCGCCACCUUCUUCUUUUUUAAUACCUAAACUGGCACUCGAGCUGCAGCGGCGGGGCCGGGGGCGCGGCAGCCGGUGCAUCAGCCCAGCUCCAGCUCUCCGGCGCCCGGCGCCGCCGUAGCUGGCCGCGGCCCCGCUCCAAACUCGCGUCCCGGGGCAGCGCCGGAGCGGCCGCGCCGCUGUCCCCCCCCGCCUGGGCAGCGCCCCGCUCCCCGGCCCGGCCCGGCCCGGCGCGGCGCCUCGCCUCCCCCGGAGCCGCUCGGCGGCGGCUGGAGGGGGAGCGCCCCAAGGAGCCGGAGCGGCGGCGGCCGCCCUCGGCGCCCGGGACAAUGGUGCUGGACAAGGAGGACGGUGUGCCGAUGUUAUCCGUACAACCCAAAGGGAAGCAGAAGGGCUGUGCUGGCUGCAACCGGAAGAUCAAGGACCGGUACCUGCUGAAGGCUCUGGAUAAGUAUUGGCAUGAAGACUGUCUAAAGUGUGCCUGCUGCGACUGUCGUCUUGGAGAGGUUGGAUCAACUCUUUACACAAAAGCAAAUCUCAUUCUUUGCCGCAGAGAUUACCUGAGGCUCUUUGGUACCACCGGGAAUUGUGCUGCCUGCAGUAAACUGAUCCCUGCCUUUGAGAUGGUGAUGAGGGCCAGAGAUAAUGUUUACCAUUUGGACUGCUUUGCCUGUCAGCUCUGCAACCAGCGGUUCUGUGUGGGAGACAAAUUUUUCCUGAAGAACAACAUGAUCUUGUGUCAGAUGGACUAUGAGGAAGGGCAGCUGAACGGGAGCUUCGAGUCCCAGGUUCAAUAGCAAACCCUGCUUCGCUGAAGCACUGUGGGAUGGGCGCCCGGCCGCGCGAGCAGCGAGGGCGCCUGUCAGCUUGCCUGCAAUAUUUUUUUAAUUCUUGGUCCAGAGAGGACUAUAUACAUUGUAGUACUUUUUCCCCCCCAACACAAAGCAGUUACAAUUUUAGAUGUACAGUUGUGCCUGCUUAGCUGAGCACUGCAUUGCCUGUAUGUUUGUGAGUUUUUGGGGUCUGGGGGAGGGCUCUGUACAGUCUGUUUUCUGUAUAUAAACUGGAACAUUUAUUUUAUGAAAAAUGUAAUGCAAUUUUAUUACUGGUGUGAAUUAAAAAUUAUGAAUGUUUCCUGGUCAUCUUCGCUGUGGUUUGUUCCCCGUGCGGUUGAAAGCCUGUCUGUCCUGUGCUUGGUGUUGAGCAG